CGACCAAAACACAGCUCUCGCUCCUGCGGAGGCUACGCAACAAUCCGCACUACAAUCCACCACUCCUACGCCGCACAGCACGGGUUACAAGAAAUGGUGCCGAUGGCUAAGGCACGGUCAAAAUAACCACGCUCGGUGAAGACAAAAAACAAAAACAAGCUGCGCCGUCAAAACGAGAAAAUGUUGGCAGAAACUGGGAUGAGCAUGGUAGAGAAGUCGGGUGUCAGCAAGCGCGCAGCCGCCGCGGUACGCGGGGACGUUGCUUCGCUUGGCCUCAGCCUCACCAAGGCGAAGAAAGUUGCUGAUGUAGCGCGUGAAAGUAAAAACAAGGCGAUGGCAGCGAAACGAAGUGCGGAGAAAGCAGCGAGGGAAGCAAAAAAAGAUGCCGAGGAGAAGCAGCGGCUGAUUGACCUAGCGAAGGAUGCAGCGGACGCCGAACACGCGAGCAGGGUGAAGGCGGAGGAGGCCAACCGUGUGGCGAAGAAGCAGCUGGAGCUGAGGCAGCGGCGGGUUGAUCUCUUGGAGCAGAAGAUGGCUCGUUUGACUUCAGAGAAACGGGAGCAGGACAAAAAAUAUCGCGAGCUGGCGGCGGAGCUUGGUCUAAAACGGCGGGAACGAGCUCCUCCUCCUGCUCCUGCUGCUGCUGCGCCUGCUGUUGGGUCGAGCUUGGUUCUUCGGCAUCAGGUCAUUAACGAGGCGAGGAGGGCGGCUCAGAGGGAGAGAGACCUGCAAACUAUGAGGAAGCUGGUUACGGCCAACGCCAACCUGAGAAGACAGGGUAGCCGCCAAAGGGAGACGAUCGUAAAGCAGGCUUCUGCUCUGAAGGAACACGUCGCGGCGCUCAAGGCCGCACGCGAACCCUCUCCGGCACCGAAGGGAAUUUUCGAGGUGGUCCAAGGUCGUUUGCGGCCCAUCGACGCGGCAAGCGGUUCGAUCGAGGAGGGGGGGGAGGAGAAGGAUGCAUCUAGAGCAAAGCAGAGUAAGAGGCGGUCGUACGGGUUGCAUGCGGCGAGGCUUGCUAAGGAGUACCUCGAGAGCGGGGUUCCUCUGAGUCGGGUCGGUCGCUUGAUCAUGUGCACGUUGCGCCUCGCAACCGACAUGGAGCUAGAUGUAGAAGGGGGCAAAAUGAAAUUUCACGGCACGACGGUCAAGCGGCUUGCUCUAGGGAUUGCCCAUUUGGACAUGGCUGAACUGAUCGCCAUGAUUCUCAAAGCCCCCUCAUCGCGGGCGACGAGUCGUUGCGGAAAGGGGACAAGAAGUUUCCCAUCUUUGUGGCGUGUUGGGAUGUCUUUGCCGGCAAGCCUUGGUGGGGACUACUCCGGAUGUGCAGCAUGAAAGACAAAACUGCAGAAACACAAGCAACGCUUUUUUUCGACACCAUCAUGAACGUUUUGAAGUACCCUCGCAACCAAGUACUUUACGUCCUCUCCGACAACACUGCUUCUGUCUCGGCCGCGAAGGGGGGUUGUGUCACUAAGCUACAGCAAAAGCUAAGGGGGGUAGACACUACAGCAGCGGUUGCCCAGGAGGGGAGAGGGCGCGGACGUGGCGUCAGAGGGGGAGGGAGGGGAGGCAGAAACGCCCGAGCACGGGGGCGUGGGGGAAGGAGGGGUGGCAGAAACGCCGAAGCGCGAGGGCGCGGGCGCGGGCGCGGGCGUGGGCGUGGGCGUGGGCGUGGGCGUGAAGCACAACCUACGCCGUCGACCCGCGGCGGGCGAGUUGCCGGGGUGGCAUCGUCUGGGAUCGUGGGGGGAGAAACCAGACGCGGCGGUGGAGGGCGCUCAUGAUUUGUGUGAGAGCACCAACGCACUUGAUGUUUUCGAGUUUUUUUUGCCUUGUCGUGAACUGAUUUGCGUACGACGCGCUAUGGCGAUACCGCGGGUGCUAGAGCAGCUUUUACUGCCGUUCCAGCGCCAAAAGUAGCUGUGGGUUUGCCACUCGUGAGGCAAUGUCACUUGAACCUCGCAAAAGUUGGGGAAGGGUGGGGGCCGGUGCAAUUUGUUUUGUUUGUCAUACUAAAAAAAAUCACCCCCUCUCAGAUUUUUUCAUGGUGUGCGGAGGAUUUUCGCACACGAUACAUCACAUCUUGUGCAGGGCGCACGCACGCUACCACGGGCACUAGAGCAGCGUUUGCUACCGUUCCAGCGCCAAAAGUAGCUAUGGGUACUGCACUCGCGACGCAUUGUCACUUGAACCUCACCCAAGUUGGGGAAGGGUGGGGGCCGGUGUAAUUCCUUUGGCGUGUACACAACUCCAAAACACACACACACGCGAGCGCGCCACGCUGAACAAUUUUUUGCCUGCGGAGAAUUUUUGCACAUGAUACAUCACAACUUGUGCAAGGCGCACGCACGCUACCACGGGCACUAGAGCAGCGUUUGCUACCGUUCCAGCGCCAAAAGUAGCUAUGGGUACUGCACUCGCGACGCAUUGUCACUUGAACCUCACCCAAGUUGGGGAAGGGUGGGGGCCGGUGUAAUUCCUUUUGCGUGUACACAACUCAAAAACACACACACACGCGAGCGCGCCACGCUGAACAAUUUUUUGCCUGCGGAGAAUUUUUGCACAUGAUACAUCACAACUUGUGCAAGGCGCACGCACGCUACCACGGGCACUAGAGCAGCGUUUGCUACCGUUCCAGCGCCAAAAGUAGCUAUGGGUACUGCACUCGCGACGCCAUGUCACUUGAACCUCACCCAAGUUGGGGAAGAGUGGGGGCCGGUGCAAUUCCUACUGCGUGUGUAAAACUCAAUAAUCGCAGUUUUUGGAAAAAAAAAUGUCAUCAAGUCUUCUCUCUGUCGGCGCUCUCCUCAUCCCCCGAGCUAAAACUCAGCGCAUCCGACCCAUCACUCUCACACUCAGACUCCUCAGACACGACAUCUCAUCCUCAAGCACGCUCCUAAUAACCCACUUGCUGCCGUGCUUCGAUUUCUCACUUUUGUCUCUCAAAAACUUCGUGGCGUCGUGCUCUCGUUUUCGGAUUUGCCUUUCGUUCGGAAUUGCUUGAGAGGCACUCGUUUUCAGAGACUUCGCAACAGCAUUGUCUCCCGCAUCCCGAAUUUCUUGGUUGGUGGCAUUCAAUCGUUCGAUUCUCCUAGACUGGGCGGAGCGGAACUGCCCGAGACGGACGAUAUCAAUCUCCCUAGAGUCGCUCGGCAUGGUGCACGUGUCGUACUUGGAAAAAACACUCUCGACAAGCUGUUGAUGAAUCGGAGCAAACAAAUUGCAUGACAAGCCCAUUCAUAGAGGAGGGGAAAGUGCCAAAGCAUAUCAAACCCCGAAACCCUCGGUGCCGGGUUU